AUGUCAUCAACAACUACUGCUUCGACUACAUCAAAUAACAAUAGUGGAAUGUCAUUACAACAUUUCAUAAAGUGUGGUUUAGGAGGUGCAUUGGGAUGCUCGUUUACUCACAUUGUAGUCAUUCCAUUGGAUGUCGUCAAGACUCGUCUUCAAACUGACCCGGUCAAGUACAACAGAGGUAUGGUUGAAGGAAUGAAGACUAUUAUCAAGGAAGAGGGUUCUGGUAUGCUCUUGACAGGUUUUGGUGCUACUGGUUUUGGUUAUGCUGUUCAAGGUUUCUUCAAGUUUGGUUUAUAUGAGUUAUUCAAAAAGAAGGCAUCGGGACUUUUCACUGCCGAAGAAGCCUCCACCUACAGAAUCCCCAUCUACAUUGCUUCAUCAGCAGCUGCUGAAAUCAUUGGUGAUAUUGCACUCUGUCCAUUUGAAGCAGCCCGUAUCAGACAAGUAUCUGAUCCAAAGUUUGCUUCAUCCAUGACAAUGGCACUUUCAAAGAUUCAUCAAGCUGAAGGUUUCAAGGGUUUAUACAAAGGUUUAACACCAAUUAUUUUAAAACAAGUUCCAUAUACUGUAUCUCAAUUUGUUACAUAUGAAUUAACAAAUGAAUAUCUCUACAAGUAUUUACGUCAAAAGCAUGGUAUUGAAAAGAAGAAUCUUAGCGAUCUCCAACAAUUUGGUAUCAUUUUAUCAACUGGUGCUGUGUCUGGUGUUGUUGCUUCGAUUGCUUCACAUCCAGCCGAUACCAUUCUCUCCAAGAUUAACCAAGAAAAGACAGAUGGUGGUGUUACCAAAGCAAUUGGUAACAUUGUCAAGCGUUUAGGUGUCAGGGGUUUAUUCUUGGGUGUUGAAGCCAGAUGUGUAAUGGUUACUACCCUAGUCACAAUUCAAUUUAUGAUUUAUGAUGGUAUUAAAUUAUUAACAAAGUAG